AUGUCGACAUCCGUGGAAGAAGUGGCGCCGGCCGUCGACGACAGUGGCUAUGUCGUCGAAGAUCGAUUCGAACUACAUCCGCGGUCGACUAUCUCGCUCGAGCAAAUUGACGACCUUCAGAAGCGUUACAGUGUGGUGAUUCGUGCUCCGAGAAAGAAAGAAUCGGUCGAGAGGGUUAGACUCGGCUACGAUUGCGCUUAUCUCCACUAUUUCGUUUCCUGUGGGUUAAGCUUUCCGUUGCCGGCUUUUCUCCUCGAGAUCCUCUCGGAUCUAGGGCUUGCGUUGCCCCAGCUUACUCCGAAUCUACUCCGAACCCUUAUUGCUUUAAAAUUUCUGUCGAAAGCUCCUGGUCGAAUCUGCUUUACGCCUGAACUUCGAGCUCGAACUGAGGCUCUUCUUGAUGGACGUUGCCGUUGGUUGUCUUUCACAGCGCAAAGGAUACAGCGAGCUUACGAGAUCCCACCAGUGCAGCAAAUCGUCCAGGAAAUCCCACCACCAAGACACGUCGUUCAAGCUCUGUUAGCUCAGAGUCAUGCUCGAUCUCAGCAAGGGAAAGAACUUUGCGACGAAUCAGUUCACAGCUCGACCGAUAGCGUUCCUCCUUUGCAAGCGAUGUCUAAGAGAUUAACUUACCGUGAGCAGCAGAAAGCUCUAGGAAAGCUUGCCGUCGGCGAGACUUCGCGGGCUCCUCCUCCAGAUGGAGACACAUUGAUGGCCAAUGCUGCUGAGGCUCUGGCCUUGGCUCGUCAAUCUGAGAACGAGAAUCGAGCUUCGGUUGGUGUUGAGAUGGCUAGCCAGGUCAACCAGGAUAACGCUGCUGUCGUUAGUUCAAGCUCCGGAUCGAACAGAAAGCCUUUCUAUUGGGAGUUCAAGAACUCGGUUGAUGGUCCGGUUCUGAACUAUCGUGGUGGCGUUGGUUAUCUGCAGCGCCCUUUCAAGGGAGCCGGUGUUAAUCUUCCUCCAAUCGAGAAGAUGUUGAUGCGGCAUCUAUGGGAUGAGUACAAGUAA